CAGGAGAAACAAGGUCACAUUUGUUCAUGAUACAUUUUGUUUGUUGUAUCUUAUACAGCUAUAAAUACCAGGUUACAGGAUUUCUCGUGAAGGCUCACAAGCCGAAAAAGCGAGCUACAACCGGUUAACCACCACCUUCAACAUUCAUCACACAUUUUCACUUUCCAUCUGAAUAUUGACCUGCAUUUCCUUCCUUAACCACUAAAAAGCUCAUUAGAUUGGCUUCUCUGAAUCCAAUUCUACAACACUUGGUGUUGUUCUCUCCUUUGAUCUUUCUAUUUUAUUUUAUUUUUUUAAAAAAAGGUUCUUUGGCCUCUGGUCAUUCAGAAUUUUGCUUCUUUGGAAGCUUUAUGUGAUCUAUACUUAACUUGGUUACUUAGAUUAGAGGAUCUUCGACGGGGGUUCAUUCCUUUAGUGAGUGUCUUACUAUUUGAUCCAUCCUCUGUUUCAUCUGGGGGUCAUUCGUUACUACCAGCCAGGAAUUGUAAUGGAUUCUUGUUGUGUGGCCUUGAAAGCCAAUUCUCAUUUGGUGAAUGGAAGAAAAGGUGGCUUUGGCAAUGGAAAUAAUGGAUUUUGGGGGGAGAGAAUAAGAGGGAGUCUUAAUAACAGUCUUUGGGAUGAUCAGCUGGCUAACAGCUUGAGAACAGAUAAGAAAGAAAAGAAGAUCAAAACUGGUGCUUUCGCUGUUCUCACAUCAAAUACUCCCAGGGAAGCUGUGACCUUACAACCACGUCGAAUUGAGAGACGAAGAGUAGACCCAAAAAAUGUGGCUUCAAUCAUAUUGGGAGGAGGUGCAGGGACUCAUCUCUUUCCACUUACCAAAAGGGCGGCUACACCUGCUGUUCCAGUUGGAGGAUGCUAUAAGCUGAUAGACAUUCCAAUGAGCAACUGUAUAAAUAGUGGGAUAAACAAGAUUUUUGUUUUGACCCAGUUCAACUCAGCUUCCCUGAACCGGCACCUUGCACGCACGUACUAUGGCAAUGGUAUCAAUUUUGGGGAUGGUUUUGUGGAGGUUCUGGCAGCAACUCAAACAUCAGGAGAGGCAGGGAAGAAGUGGUUUCAAGGAACUGCAGAUGCUGUUAGGCAAUUUAUAUGGGUAUUUGAGGAUGCAAAGAAUAGGAACAUUGAGUAUAUACUGAUCCUGUGUGGGGAUCACCUCUACCGAAUGGAUUAUAUGGAAUUUCUACAGCGUCAUGUUGACAGUAAUGCGGAUAUUACAAUUUCAUGUCUGACGGUGGACAACAGCCGUGCAUCUGAUUAUGGACUGGUGAAGAUUGAUGGCAGGGGCCGUAUUGUCCAGUUUGCUGAAAAACCAAAGGGUGCUGAUUUGAAAGCAAUGCAAACAGAUACCACUCUUUUAGGGCUGUCUCCCCAAGAAGCCAUGAGAUCCCCUUACAUUGCGUCAAUGGGAGUCUAUGUAUUUAAGACAGAUGUUCUAUUGAAGCUUCUGAGAUGGAGAUUUCCUACAUCCAAUGACUUCGGAUCUGAAAUCAUUCCUGCUGCAGUGAUGGAGCAUGAUGUCCAGGCAUAUAUUUUCAGAGACUACUGGGAAGAUAUUGGAACGAUAAAGUCAUUUUAUGAUGCCAAUUUAGCCCUCACUGAAGAGCUUCCAAAGUUUGAGUUUUAUGACCCAAAGACACCUUUCUAUACAUCUCCACGAUACUUACCACCAACCAAAAUUGAUAAAUGCCGGAUUAAAGAUGCAAUAAUCUCACACGGAUGCUUCUUGCGAGAAUGUAGUGUCCAACACUCAAUAGUAGGUGAACGCUCACGUUUGGAUUAUGGCGUUGAGCUUCAGGAUACAGUAAUGUUGGGAGCAGACUAUUACCAAACUGAAUCUGAAAUUGCAUCUCUACUAGCAGAGGGCAAGGUCCCAAUUGGGAUUGGACGCAAUACCAAAAUCAGGACGUGCAUAAUCGACAAGAAUGCUAAGAUAGGAAAAGAUGUGGUCAUUGUCAACAAAGAUGACGUUCAAGAAGCUGAUAGGCCAGAAGAAGGAUUUUAUAUCCGGUCAGGGAUCACCAUCAUACAAGAGAAGGCAACAAUAGAAGAUGGUACAGUUAUCUAAAUGGAUCCUGAUACUUCCACGGACAGCUCAUAGAUUGGAAUUGAAGGUGCACAACAGAAAGCAGUCAUGACAGUCUGCUGGAAGACGGUGUGACGAUGGCUUUUUGCAGCAUUUUGCCACAGAAAAACAAGCUGCAUUUCUAUCAAUUACUUUUGUGUAAAUUUGAAGUUCUUUUCUGUAAUGUAAAAUAGAUCUCAGAUUUCUAUAUAAGUUCCCCAAAUAAAUCAGAUGGCUUAGCGGCCCGCUGUUUCUUUCAAUUGGUAGAGUAAAAUCGUCUGAGAGACAAUAAGCCUGAUGCUUGUAUAUACCGCUUUGAUGUUCAUAUAUAAUGGUAAGUACCAAACUCAGUGAGAUAAUGGGUCAGCUUUGAUCCUAA